AUGCACACAGUUGGUGAUUCAAUCGACUACAAGCAUAGUGGUGAUGUCAUACCUGACUUUGGCAACGACGGAUACACGUAUCUUUUGCAAUAUCAAUUCAAUGAACUGGAUGAAUCGGAGAUGCUUGAUAACUUCUUCUUUAAGUCCAGUGAAGACCGUAAAUUAUUUGAACAAGCAAACGUUGAAUGCGGUGUGGAAUACUUCCUUGAAACGAAAUCCUACGAUGAGCGAUUGUAUCAAUUGUGCAUGAUGAUUCGAGGCGAUUGGUUCUGCAACAACCAAAACGUGUGGAAUCUCGCUGGAUUCUUUGCUCGUCAACCUCAUUCUGAUUGGUAUUUGAUGCGCAAGACCUAUCUCUGUGUGCUCAAACAAAAAGUAGAGCGUUUCAACAAGGGAUUUGCUACCAAAGAAUUCGAUGGUUGGUUUGAUUCCAAGUAUCAUCCAUCACUGAACGAAGGCAAGCUGAAAGGGAUUGCUGCUGGUUGUGAUUCCGCUGCAUACAAGCAAUGGAAGGAUGAAUAUGAAGUCAAUGAGCCAAGGAAAACAUCCACUUCGAAGACGUUUGAGCUUUCUACACUUGAUCAGGAUUUCGAAUUGACAUUCAAGUCUGAGCGGAAGUUGGCAACACUAACUCAGCUGGUGGAAUUAACUGGUCAAACAAUUUAUGACAUGCGUUCAGCCAUGGUUGAUACAUCAUUUGAGAUCGAUGAGCUUGAAUAUACUUUCGAGAAGAUGUUGAAAACUACCAGCUUUGAGUCUCUUCAUUUGCUGAAACGAUUUGUACUCUACUUCAUCCACGAGUUCUACGUCUUUGAAGGAUCUGAUAUCACCUACUACAAGCGUAAGCCAACAGAGGACGAUAAUUCUGUGAUCAAGGCGUAUGAUCCAAAGAACUUCUUCAAGGUGCAAAUCCAGUUCAUUGAACACAAGAAGCCACGUUUCACCAAGCUGUCUGACCUUCUCAAUACGGUUCCAUUCCACAAGUUUGCAAAUACUGUCUGCAAAUGGGAACAUGAUCCAAAUGAUAUGGAGACAUUCAGCUUAGCAAAUCCACUACUGGCAAAGGAUCUUCACGAAGAAGUUACCGAAUCUGACUUGCACCCAGUGCUAGUCGACUAUCUGAAGCGUAUCAUUUGCUUCAAUCAUCCUGAGAGGUACCAGUGGUUGAUGGAGUAUAUCGGUAGCCUUUGCCACUAUCCAGAUAGCAAGACGAAGGUUAUGCUCGUGUUGUAUUCAAUGGAGAAACAGAUUGGCAAGUCGAACUUCUUCAAGCUCCUUACGAGUCUUCUUGGAACGGCAAAUACUCACAUGACUCAGCAUCUUACCAAUGUCUUUGGAGAGCGUGGAUCGCCACAACUUCGACAUAAAAAAUUGUGCUGGUUUGAGGAAAUUGCUGGUGAUAAGCGCUCGUUUCGUAAUUGUCUUGAGCGAAUGAAGUCUGCAAUCACCGAUUCCGUGCAAUCUAGUCGAAAACUCUACCAUGAAGAAGAAGUUCAUGGCAACAUCACUGAAUUUAUUGGCGCUUCCAACAACUUGAUUGGCAUCGUCGAAGACAAGAUUACAAUUUUCGAUGUAAAUCCAGCGGAACAGCACAACAAGGUCUAUUAUGGCAAGCUGAUUGAUGAUGUGAUCAAGAAUGAGAAUGAGGUGAACAAAUUCUACACAUAUUUGAAGCAGUUUGCCAACCCCAAGCCAAAAUCCUUCUUCCGAACGCCUAUCUAUGAUUCAAUGACAACUGCUAGCAAUGAGGGCAUUGUCAACUAUGUCAAUGAACUUAAGGAAUCGGGCUUAAAUGGAAUCGUACACACUGAAUCGCAAGGCCUAUAUCGCGUGGAGAGAGAUAUUAUGUAUCAGCACUAUCAAAGGUGGUGCGAGACAGCUGGUGAAGUCCCUGAUAAGCGAUUGAAAUUUUGUGAGAAGAUUUCGAAGUUGGACAAGCGUAACACAUUCAAGCGAUACAAGGAAAAUGGAGCCACUCCGUAUGGGUUCUUCUUUCCAAAUGAUUUCAACCCAGUCUGA